AAUAGAUAAAACUAUCAUAUUAUCCACACCUAAGAGGAGAUUACCAUGAAUCCUUUGAUUUCUGCUACUUCCAUUAUUGCUGCUGGAUUAUCCAUAGGCCUUGCUUCUAAUGGACCUGGCAUUGGUCAAGGCACUGCUGCGGGACAAGCUGUUGAAGGUAUUGCGCGACAACCAGAGGUGAAGGGUAAAAUACGAGGCACCUUACUGCUAAGUUUAGCUAUUAUGGAAGCUUUAACUAUUUAUGGAUUAGUUGUAGCUCUGGCACUUUUAUUUGUUAAUCCAUUUGUUUGA